UCUGCGCUGUCAUAGCAACCAGGAAAUACACAAGGCUGUAGGUUCUUGUGUGUGGAGCAGAAGAACGUGGCCAGUGUGCCACCACCACCACUGCCACACAGAGGGGAUUCAUCUCUAUCUUCAAUUUGUGUACCAGUAGCAGAGAGCGCCGAAAUGACCGCCACCACAGCGCUACCCCCAGUCAAAAGCGUGGUAGUGUACAGGAACGGAGACCCCUUCUUUAGCGGCCGUCGGUUCGUGAUCAACCAACGGCAGGUGUCUACCAUGGAGGCCUUCCUCAAUGAGGUAACCUAUAAUAUCGGGGCCCCGCUGGCCGUCAGGACCCUGUAUACUCCCAGGCAGGGCCACAAGGUCGCCGACCUCCAGGACUUGCAGACGGGGGCCCAAUAUGUCGCCGCCGGUUUUGAGAAGUUCAAGAAACUGGACUACGUCAACAACGGUGUGAAAAAGCAGCCGGCAGCUCGUGAAGACACACAGGCAAAAAUAAUCCCGAGGCCUAAUGUGUCAGCCAAAUGGAAGAAGUUUGUUCCAGUGCCCUGUAUUAUACACGUUUUCCGCAAUGGGGACAUCCUGUGUCCGCCCUUCCGAUUCAUCAUUCCUCGCAAUAUGCAGCGAGACCUGGAGCAGAUCCUCAGCCUGGUCACCGACAAGGUCAGCUUACGGACUGGCGCCGUGCGGAGGUUGUGUUCUGUGGAGGGGGCCACAGUAACCUCGGCGGGGGAGCUCGAGACCGGAUGCUGCUACGUUGCCGUGGGAACCGAGAAGUUCAAGAAGCUUCCGUAUGUGGAGCUGCUAGUCUCUAAAGCCACAGAGAGGUAUUACCCAGGAAGAAGACGGGGGUUGAGGAGAAACGUGAACAGGAAGGAAGGAAGCGGUCCAGAAGACCAAUGUAGUGACUCUGCUCUGCUCAACUCUCCAGCGUCAGACGAGCGGAGGGUGAAAUCGACGGGUUAUGAAGCUGCUCCCCCACAGCAGGAACGGCACCUGACAGACCCAACAACAGACCCGAGAGCGAACGACACCUCCGGACUCUUCGCCAAGCCCGUCAGGGUUCACAAAGCCAGACGAAUGCCGAGACCGCCCCACAGCAACGGACCUAUCUAUCGCGGCGUCUACAAGCCGGGAGCGCGCAGGAGGAGGAGGGAGGAGGUCAGAGGAGCCAAGGAGGUGCAGGAGGACGAGAAUACAGCGACAGAGCUUCCCGUUGAUCAGAGAGUGGCAGAAAUAGUGGAGGAUGAGGAGCUGAACAUCACAUACGACGCUCUGAAUGGCACCCUGAAGUUGCCGCCAUCUGACCAAGAUGAAGCGGAAAACACAGCGACAAUACAAAGCACAAAAGAGGAGUUGAGCAGUGAAAACCUGGAGCCUGAGCUCAACAGAAUGACUCUGAACACCCCCAACUGUAACGGAGAAAUUCAGGGAUAUACUUUGGAGCAUCAAGGGGAACAGGCAAGUUGAACCGCAUAAGCUACGUGCGCCACUAAGCGCCCUCUAGUGGUAUGCCAAGGAAUCACUGCUUGAGUACUGUUGAGCAUAUUGUUACGAUGAUUUGGGAGUAUUACAUUUAUAUUUUAUCAUUUCUACUCUUUGGUGUUACUUGGUGUAAAAGAUCUGCACUGCUAUGUAUGA